AUGCCUACGGCUCGUGAGACAUUGGCCGAGCUCAGGGCCCUCCGCGCCUCUGGAAAGAAACGAAUCUCCACAUACGAGGUUGAGGACCAGGGCGAUAUCUACGACGAGGUUGAUGAUGAUGGCUACAAGAAGGUUAUCAGGGGCCGCCUCGAUCAAGAUGAUUUUGUCGUCGAUGACAACGGAGCCGGUUACGCAGAUGAUGGCCGCGAAGUAUGGAAUGAACAAACCGCGAAAUACGACAGCGACGAGAGUGACGAACUACCCACACGUGGCAAAGCUGCCAAACGAAAGCGAGAGGAGGAACAGCAGCGGAAAGAACAAAUGAACAAUGGCAUAUCCAGGUACUUCAACAAAGGACAAGCUUCGACCUCCGCUCCUAAGCCCAAGCCCGUUGCUACCGCUGAAGAUGAGGCAUUCAUGGCCGACCUCCUCGGGGAGGUCGACACCAACAUCAUACCAAAUCACGCUCCGACACGAAAUAUCGUCAAAUCAGAGGCGCGACGCAAAGUUCGCGUUCUUUCUCCACCACUGUCUGAGAGGCAUCGCCGGGAUAAGGCCCACACAAGAGACGAAAAUGAGAUGCCAAGUUCUCCAAUGAAAGACCAAAUACUCCACUCUGACGAUCUUGACGAUGGCCCUCUACCGAUGCCGGAUGAUGAUGAUGUUCCCAUGAGUGACAUUUUGCCAUCAUCUCCAAUCAGCAAAGCAGUGGAGCGAAGGAACGCUGUACCUGUCAAGACCGAGGAGCCAGAGGAUGAUGAUGUUGAUCUCAUGGACGUUGCAGAGGUCACUGGAGGCGCUGGUGUCAAAACCGAGACGAUCAACAUGGCUGGCAGCCGACCACCUCCAAAGAUCAAACACGAUGUCAUUUCCGCGCCAGCAAGCUCAUCCCCAGUCAAAUCUAUGCCAGAAGUCAUGGAUGCCUCUUGGAAUGAUGUGAGAAACAAACUGAACGUUCUCAGCAGUCCGGCUCCGGAGAUGCGGUCAUUCGGAAAGCUCCGUGCCCAAGAUGUGGUCGAAGAAGACGGCAGCCUGCGUAUGUUCUGGCUGGACUAUACGGAAAUCAACGGUAGCCUUUGUUUGUUUGGAAAAGUGAAAAACAAGCAGACCGGAUCUUAUACCAGUGCGUUCGUCAAGGUUGACAAUAUCCUGCGAAAACUCUACUUCCUUCCGCGGGAGUACCGACACAAGCAUGGGCGAGUAACCGAUGAGGAGGUUGACAUGCAAGAUGUCUACUCGGAGGUCGACGAAAUGAUGUCAAAAAUCAAGGUCGGCAUGCACAAAAUGAAACCGUGUGAACGGAAGUAUGCAUUCGAAUUACCGGGUGUCCCAAAGGAGGCAGAAUAUCUCAAAUUGCUAUACCCUUAUGACAAGCCCGCAUUGCCGAUGGAAACGAAGGGAGAAACCUUCUCCCAUGUUUUCGGUACGAAUACUUCCCUAUUCGAGCAAUUUGUCCUAUGGAAGAACAUAAUGGGUCCUUGCUGGCUCAAGAUCGACCAGGCCGACUUUGCUGCGGUUACCAACGCAUCUUGGUGCAAGUUCGAGUGUCAAGCCUCCAAGCCAGCACUCAUCAGCGUUCUCCCAGAUUCUGAGAACUUGGACGCACCGCCAUUGACCCUGAUGAGUCUGUCCUUCCGUACCCAGCUGAACGUCAAGGAAAACAAACAGGAGAUUUUGAUAGCCAGUGCCAGAGUGUACGAGAAUGUCUCUCUCACCGACACCACUGCCCCGGAGAAACUUCCGUGCAAGACCUUCACUGUCAUGCGCCCUGCUGGGGGUUCAUAUCCGUUGCACUUUGAAGCCGAAGCGCAAAAGCAGCGUGGCAUAAUCAUGCUUGAAAAAAGCGAGCAGUUCUUACUCAGCAAGUUCCUGGCCAUGUUCGAGAAGAUGGACCCCGAUGUGAUUAUGGGCCAUCAGUUGCAGGAUGUCGACCUCGGGAUUCUUCUUAGCCGGAUGCGCGAAAAGAAGACGCCAGGCUGGCACCGUAUUGGACGACUCAGGCGCGGAGAUUGGCCCAAGCACUUCAACAAAGGCGGCAACUUCUUUGCGGAAAGACAGCUGAUUGCUGGAAGACUGAUGUGCGAUGUUGCAAACGAUAUGGGCAAGUCUCUCAUGAUGAAAUGUCAAUCGUGGAGUUUGACUGAGAUGUGUCAAUUCUAUCUUGGUCAAGACAAUGUGCGCCAGGAAUUAGACGUCGAAGCAGCGUUGAAGACCUGGGCGACCACCAAAGAAGGUCUCAUGAACUUCGUGAACCAUUGUGACACAGAUACAUACUUCAUCGCUGCAUUGGUUUUGCGACUUCAAAUGCUGCCGCUCACGAAAGUUUUGACCAACACCGCUGGUAACUCAUGGGCACGCACACUCAGCGGUACGCGUGCUGAGCGGAACGAGUAUAUUUUGCUGCAUGAAUUCCAUCGCAACAAAUACAUAUGUCCCGACAAGUACUCUUCCCGUCUUCAAAAGGCGGAAGUGAAAAUGCAAGAGGGCGAUGACGACGAGACGGUCGACAAGAAGAAAAAGGACAAGUAUAAGGGUGGUCUUGUGUUUGAGCCUGAAAAGGGCCUUUAUGACCGCUUCGUCCUUGUUAUGGACUUUAACAGUCUUUAUCCCAGUAUCAUCCAGGAAUACAACAUCUGCUUCACCACGGUGGACCGAACAGCUACGGCCGAGAAUGAGAAAGAAGAAGCAGUUCCGGACGUUCCCUCCUCAGAACAAGAGCAAGGUGUUCUACCUCGGUUGAUUGCGACAUUGGUCAAUCGUCGGCGCGAAGUGAAGAAAUUGAUGAAAGACAAACGUGCUACACCCGAGCAACUGGCCGUUUGGGACACAAAACAAUUGGCCUUGAAGCUGACUGCAAACUCCAUGUAUGGAUGCUUGGGAUACACGCAGAGUCGAUUCUAUGCACGACCUCUAGCAAUGCUCACCACAUUCAAAGGACGUGAGAUUCUGAGAAAUACCAAGGAAUUGGCCGAAAGCCAGCAAUUGCGAGUCAUUUAUGGUGACACCGAUUCGGUCAUGAUCAAUACAAACAUGGACAAUAUGAGUGAUGCGCUCAAGGUUGGUGAGGAGUUCAAGAAAUCGGUCAAUGAGCGUUAUCGACUGCUGGAGAUCGACAUCGACAAUGUCUUCCGUCGGCUUCUACUGCACGCCAAGAAGAAGUAUGCUGCUGUCAACCUGACCGAGGUUGAUGGUAAGUACGUGGAGAAACUCGAGGUCAAGGGAUUGGAUAUGAAGCGUCGUGAAUACUGUGCUCUUUCGAAGGAAGUAUCGUCGAAGCUGCUCAAUGAGAUCCUGUCCGGUGAAGACCAGGAAGUUGUUCUCAACAAGAUCCACGAAUACUUGCGCGAGCUUGCGGAGAAGAUGAAAGAAUACACAAUCCCCGUGCAGAAAUACGUGAUAUAUACGAAACUCUCCAAACGACCCCACGAAUACCCCAACAAGGAGAGCAUGCCGCCAGCGCAAGUUGCUCUUCGUGAGAUUGCCCGGGGCAAGAACAUUCGACCAAACGACGUCAUCUCAUAUAUUGUGACUAAUGGAGACUCGGAAACUUCAUCACUACCGCCCGCGAAGCGAUCAUACAGCCCGCAAGAUGUCCUCAAAGCUGAAUCGGGACUGAAGCCAGACGUUGAGUUCUACCUUCUGAAGCAGAUCUUCCCCCCAUUGAGCGUCUCUGCGCCCCGAUUCCUGGCACCGAUGCUCUCCAACAGCCAGCAAGACGCUGAGAUUACACCCCUUGAGUCCCAAAUUCCGGACUCGGUCCGAUUCGCCAAUUCCACGCGACUGUCCCUGAAAUGUCGCUUCUGUAAAGAACAGUCUGUAUUUGAGGGUCUGUUGGCUUCAUCACAUAUGUGCACCGCUCAUGGACUUGUCUGUCCAAAUCAGAGCUGCCAGAAGCCUUUCUCCGUUAUCACAAUUGUGGCCCAAUUCGAGAACCAGAUACGCGAGCAAAUCUCGCGGUACUACGACGGGUGGUUGGUGUGUGACGAUUCGGCAUGUGGCAACCGCACCCGACAAAUCAGCGUGUAUGGGCACCGUUGUUUGGGUCCUCGAGGUCGUGCAGAAGGCUGCCUGGGCCGUAUGUCAUACGAAUACUCGGAAAAGGAGAUGUACAACCAGCUUUUGUACUUCGCCGGUCUUUGGGACGUUGACAAGGCUAAGGUCGUCGCCGAGAAGGAGACAGGCGAAAAGAAAGAGAGCGUUGCUGCCCUUGCAGAGUUCAACCGCGUAAGAUUCGGCUCGGAUAGCUCGGGUGGAGCUGGCCUUGAAGCCGAUCAAAGAGUCCUUGCGGCUCACGGAUGCUAUGCUCUCACUGCCACAACCGGAUUAACGGCACAAAACACACUGGGUGUGCAAGAUAUCUUCAUCGUGCCAUCGGAGUUUGUGAGAAAGCAGAUCAAUGCCGGACUCGAAGAUGUUGGUGCUGAUGUAGUGAAAUUGGGCAUGCUCUCAUCUGCUGAGACCAUUGAUGUAAUUGCAGAGACGUUACACGCUCACAAGGUCCCUUGCGUUGUCCUAGAUCCAGUCAUGGUUUCCACGAGUGGGUCGAGAUUGCUACCGGAAAACGCAAUCACCAAAUUAAGGACAAAGCUGCUUCCUUUAACAACACUUGUGACGCCAAACAUUCCCGAAGCUCUUCUUUUGCUGAAAGAUGCUGGAAUGGAGACUCCGGAACCAACUAAUCUGGAGGGGAUGGUUGAGCUUGCUAAGAAGGUCUGCUCAUUGGGUCCCAAAGCAGUUCUUUUGAAGGGAGGGCAUCUUCCCUUGACCAAAAAUCACCAGACAUCACAAGAUCCAAAGGAAACUACCUUAGUAGUGGAUAUCUUGUGUGACGAAUCGACGACUACGUUGUUCGAAACAGAGUUCUUGAUCUCGAAGAAUACUCAUGGCACAGGCUGUUCACUUGCUUCCGCAAUUGCUGCAAAUUUGGCUUCAGGAAAAGGCAUGACCAGAGCGGUCCGUAGUGCUGUGCGAUUUGUUGAGGUGGGAAUCAAGACGAGCAUUGACCUGGGUAAAGGGAGUGGCCCGAUCAACCAUUUCCACUCUACCUACACUAUGCCCUUUGCGCCUGGCCGAUUCCUCGAGUACAUUUUAGACCGUGACGAUGUGCAGCAAGUCUGGCACAAAUUCACUCACCACGAGUUCGUCGAAGGAAUUGCUCAGGGUACCCUGCCUCUUGAGCGCUUCAAGGCUUACCUUGUGCAAGAUUACCUCUAUCUGGUACAAUUUGCUAGAAGCAACGCACUGGCGUCCUACAAGGCCAAGAGCAUGGAUUCAAUAGCAGCGUCGGCCCAAAUCGUUCUCCAUAUCCAACGAGAGAUGGCCUUGCAUAUAGAUUAUUGUACUGGCUUUGGCCUUUCGAAGCAAGAGAUGGAAGAUACACCAGAAAGCAUUGCCUGCACCGCGUACAGCCGGUACAUCUUGGAUGUAGGCCAGUCCGAAGACUGGUUGGCCCUUCAGAUGGCCCUUGCGCCAUGCUUGAUCGGAUAUGGCGCCAUUGCAAAGCGACUGCAUAAGGAAGAAGGAACUCUACGAGAUGGAAACAACUACUGGAAGUGGAUCGAAAACUACGUUGCCGAUGACUAUUCUGAAGCUGUGCGACUGGGCUCAGAAUUGCUGGAGAAGCAUAUGCAGCAUGUAUCGCCAAGUCGUCUGGAAGAGCUCAUUCGGAUUUUUAUCCGAGCUACAGAAUUGGAGAUUCGCUUUUGGGACAUGGGCCUUGGAGGCAAGGAAUAG